AUGCAGCGGUCAGUCCAGGACCCCCAUUUCCACGAAAAAGUGUCGGCAUGGUUCCUCGGCCCCCGCGCCGAGAACUUCGACCUCCUCAAGGAGCUCUUCGAGGGGGCCCUCGAUAUGCACGCCAAUACACGCAAGGAAUAUCACCCCGAAGAUGGGGAAUUUAUCACCAGUGCGAUCAAAGCGUCGUCCGAGUUCGAGCUCGCCGUCGACAAGCUCCGCACCCACAUCAGACUCGUCACCGAGGGCCUCAACGGCUGGUCCGUCCCGUUCUUUUCAGGACGGUACAUGGGCCACAUGGACAUGGAGACGUCAAUGCCUUCGAUUCUCGGAUGGAUGAUCACCAUCUUGUUUAACCCCAACAACGUGGCGUACGAAGCGAGCCCCAUCACGACCGUCAUCGAGCUCGAAGUGGGGAAGCAGCUGUCCGCGAUGCUGGGAUACAAAACCGAGAACAUCGAGCCAGGCGAGCCCGAACCGUGGGGCCAUAUCGCAGCGGAUGGCACGCUCGCCAACAUGGAGUCCAUGUGGGCAGCACGGAACCUCAAGUUCUACCCACUCUCGCUUCACGCUGCGAUGACGCAGGGCGACAAGCCGCUCGGGUUCAUCGCCGAUGACUUCAAGAUCCCCGGCACGGACGAGCUCUUCCGCGAUCUCGAUGCGUGGCAACUACUCAACCUCUCCCCGAGUGUCAUCCUCGGUCUCCCGGACGACCUUCAGAACCAGUACAGCAUCACGUCAGACUUCCUCACAGCCGCGCUCUCACCGUACCUCGUUCAAACGGCAGGCAAGGAGGAGCUCAGGGAGAUCUACAAGAUCACCGAUGAGCCGUUGUACUUGGUCCCUAGCACGAAGCACUACUCCUGGCCCAAGGCUGCCGCUUUGGUCGGUAUCGGCUCCAAGAACUGCGCCAACGUACCCGUCGACACCAAUGCUCGCAUGAACAUCUCCUCGCUCCGCACACUACUCCAAGAGUGUCUCGACACGAAGCGUGCCGUCUACUCGAUCGUCGCCGUGAUCGGCUCGACUGAGGAGGGCGCCGUAGACCCGCUCGACGAGAUGGUUAAGCUCCGGGAUGAGUUCGCGGCGAAGGGGCUCUCCUUCAUCGUGCACGCAGACGCCGCCUGGGGCGGGUACUUCGCGUCCAUGAUCCGCGACGAGCCGCCGCUGGCGGGGCACGAGCCUAUGGAGGGCACCCCGAGGGAGGACCCGCCACGCGAGUUCGUGCCGAGCAUGACGAUGCGGCGGAGCAGCAUCACCCAGUUCGAGGCGCUCUGCGGGGCGGACUCGAUCACGAUCGACCCGCACAAGGCGGGGUACGUCCCGUACCCUGCUGGCGGAUUGUGCUACAAGGACGGGCGGAUGCGGUACUUGCUCACGUGGUCGGCGCCAUACCUCGCGCAGAACACGGAGGGCGAGAGCAUCGGGAUCUACGGCAUCGAGGGCAGCAAGCCUGGGGCGCCCGCGGUUGCCUGCUACCUCCACAACACCAUCACAGGCCUUCACAAGAAUGGCCACGGUGCGCUCCUGGGAGAGGCCACUUUCACCUGCCGCCGAUUCGCCUCGCACUGGUCCGCCAUGUCCGACGACGAGACCCCCUUCAUCGUCGAGCCGUUCAACGCGCUCAAGGAUCCAAGCGAGAAGCAGUUCAUCCGCGAGCGCAUCUUCGGCAAGACGAACGAGGAGAUCGUGGCGGACAAGGUGGCGUUCCAGUGUUUGUGCACGCUCGGCUCGGACCUCAACAUCAACGCGUUCGCGUGCAACUUCCGCAUUGACGGCCGGGUGAACGACGACGUCGAGGAGGCCAACUACCUCAACAAGCGCGUCUUCGACCGGCUCUCGAUCACGCGCCCACACAUCGACCCGAAGACCGUGCCGUUGUUCCUGACGGCGACGACGUUCGCGCUGGAGGACUACGGGGAGUGCGUCGUGGACUUCCAACGCCGACUUGGUCUCGAGACGGAGUCCGGGCAGGACUUGUUCCUCCUGCGCAACGUGGUCAUGUCGCCCUUCCAGAGCGCCGGAGACUUUGUUCAGAAACUCGCCGACAUUUUCCAAGGCGUCCUCGAGGAAGAGACCAAGAACGUCGUGGCGCGCAACACCGUCUCGAACCAGGUGCACAGCUUCCUCAUGCAGGGCGAGGACGACCCAUACCUCGUCUACCGCCCCAACUUCUACCACGCGAAUGGUCGCCAGCAGCUGAUCGUGCGCACGACGUUCGCCGACGACGCCGGGCGCGAGCAAUACAAGCAGGCGCGGGCCCUUUACCCCGAUGCCUACUUCCAGUUCAACAGUGUGGAGACUACCAUCGAAGACAUCCUCACCAAGAUGGAGGUGGAGGGUACCGUGGAGCCGCAAGGUGUCCCGACGACCGGGGACGCUAUCCUCGUCACGCUCACAAUCACCGACGUGCUCAAGAACCGGCCCCUCAACUCACGCUACCGCGACGGCGCGUACCCCGCGUCCUACACCCCGUUCUACCUCUACGGCACCCCAGAGCAGAUCUACGUGGACCACAUCCUCGUCCGCGCCCCGAACGCGCAGAUCACGGCCCUCGACCCGGUCGCCCUCAGCGUCCAGCCGGCGCUCACCGCCGAGCAGCUCGCCCGCGGCGUGAUCGCGCACGCCGCCCGCCCCGAGGCGGCCAUGCAGCCGUUCGGCACGGGCAACACGGUCUUCGUGCCCGGCGCGACGUUCGCCGUCGAGGUGUUCGAGGACCCGAACGGCGCGGCGGCGCACGGGCCCGGGCUCGCGCAGGGCGGGAGCAAGAUCGCGGAGGGCACGCUCGGGCUGGGCGCCGCGGUGUUCUACGACGGCGUGGCGUUGAACGAGCUGGAGGACGCGGCGGCGCCUAGCGGGAGGGCGCUCUCGUCGGCGGCCACGUCGAGGUUCGCGCGGCCGCAGAAGCAGCAGUGGACGGACGCGGUUAAGAACCAUCUCCGCGUCGCCCGCGUGGACGGUGCCCCUCCGCCUCCCCGGGCGGGACACAAGGGCCGCGGCAAGGGCCGCGGCGACUGA